AUGGGUGCACUUCUCUCUAUCCCGAUGCUGGCCAUUCCCAGCGCCGCCACCGUACGUCCUCCGCGCUCUCCAGGCGGCAGGCUGAUCAUCUCUAACUUCUCUAGGUCUUCUCUGUUGCCGCUUCUUCAUCUGACUAUGGACUAUAUGAAGAUUCGGUGCGACGGGAAGGAGUGUCACGGCUGGGUGGCGGUUCAUCGAAUUAAUUUCGGCCUCGGGCUCUUCCACCUGCUACUCGCGUUACUCCUUAUCGGCGUCAAGACAUCAAAAGGGAGCAGAGCCGCACUGCAGAAUGGCUUUUGGGGCCCUAAGAUACUAUUUUGGAUCGGCUUUGUAGUUAUGUCAUUUUUCAUUCCAGAAAGCUUCUUCCUAAUUUACGGGCACUAUAUUGCGUUCGUCGCCGCCAUGCUUUUCCUUCUCCUCGGCUUGAUUCUUCUUAUUGAAGACAGCGACUCUCGUCUCUGGCGUGGACUCCUGAUUGGUUCAACGCUAGGAAUGUACACCGCCUCGAUCGUUAUGACCAUUCUGAUGUAUUGUUUCUUCGCUAAGGGUGGAUGUACCAUGAAUCAGGCUGCAAUCUCUGUCAACCUGAUCCUCUUUCUUAUCAUCUCCUUUGUUUCGGUGCAGCCAACAAUCCAAGAAUACAACUCGCGGGCUGGACUAGCGCAAGCUGCUAUGGUCACGGUCUACUGUACUUACUUAACAAUGUCGGCAGUAUCUAUGGAGCCAGAUGAUCGCCAGUGCAACCCUCUCAUUCGUGCUCGUGAUACCAGAAGGGCCACUAUAGUUCUCGGCGCAGUCGUCACAAUGGCCACAAUUGCUUACACUACAACCCGGGCCGCCACCCAGGGUAUUGCCCUUGGCUCUAAAGGCGGACACAGUUACUCUCCACUGGGUAGUGAAGAGAACGAACACGGAUUGGUAACCCAGCAGCCUUCCACCCGCCGUGAGAUGCGAGCGGAAGCUCUCCGUAUCGCGGUAGAGAGCGGCAGUCUACCUGCCAGUGCUUUGGAAGAGAGCGACGAUGAAGAUGAUGAGUAUGAUGGCAAAGAUGAUGAGCGCGGCUCUACCCAAUACAAUUACUCUCUCUUCCAUAUCAUCUUUUUCCUGGCUACGACAUGGGUUGCCACUCUGCUGACCCAGAACUUGGAUCUCGAGACCGAAGGCGAUUUCGCUGCAGUCGGUAGAACUUACUGGGCUAGCUGGGUGAAGAUCAUUAGUGCUUGGGUGCAUCAAAUCCAGUCGGGCCAAGUUAUCGUCGACCUAUGUUCAGUGGUGAAGGAGCUUGUCGAAAAUAGCCUGGAUGCAGGCGCCACUUCUAUCGAGGUACGGUUCAAAAACGAUGGCCUGGAUUCGAUUGAGGUGCAAGACAACGGACGCGGGAUAGCACCUGAGAAUUACGAGAGCAUCGCUCUCAAACACUAUACCUCCAAGCUUGCUACCUACGACGAUCUGACUUCCUUAACGACAUUCGGGUUUCGCGGUGAAGCUCUCUCGUCUCUAUGUGCCGUCUCGGAUUUUCAUAUAAUCACCGCUCAGGCAGACCAAGUGCCAAAGGCUAAUAAACUGGAGUUUGAAAGAUCUGGUAAAUUAAAAGGCACUCAGAUUGUUGCGGGACAGAAGGGGACUAUUACCUCGGCUUUGAACUUGUUUAGCAACUUGCCUGUGCGACGAAGGGAAUUGGAAAAGAAUAUCAAGCGCGAGCUUGCAAAAGUGGUCACUUUAUUAAAUGAAUAUGCCUGCAUCAGUACCGGCGUUCGUUUCAAUGUCAAGAAUACGGAUGCGAAACGGAAAGCGAUCAUACUACUAACGACAAAGGCAAACUCCGUGAUAAAAGAAAACAUUGCCAAUGUCUACGGUGCAAAAACACUUCUUACGCUAAUACCACUUGACCUUGAUCUUGAAUACGAACCAUCAGCAGCUGGAAAGCGCCUUGAUCGUGAAUUGAAAAAGAUUCGUGUUCGUGGUUACGUAUCAAGGCCUGUGGUUGGCGAAGGAAGAGGAACGCGAGAUCGACAAAUGUACUUUGUUAACUCACGUCCAUGUGGUAUUCCGCAGAUUGCAAGGGCUUUCAACGAAGUCUACAAGUCUUACAACUUAUCACAGGCACCGUUUGUGCUCGCUGAUUUUCAGAUGGAUACAAACGCAUACGAUGUUAAUGUAUCCCCGGACAAGCGGUCGAUUCUUUUACACGAUUCAGCGGCAUUGACGGAUUCGUUGAAGGAGGCCUUGGAUACGCUGUUCCAGGAAGCUGAGCAGACGGUUCCUCAGUCCCAGAUUACCAACGCAAAACAGCAAGGUGGUAUUCGGCAGCACAUUCAGAAAUCCUUAGUGCCCACAGUUCUAGAAGCAGAUGGAGACGAGCAACAAGCCCCGCUGGCAACUACGAAUGUUGUUGCUGUCUCUCAUGAUAGUGCGAAAAGUCAUAUACGUCCCGCGGCUGAAAUGACUACAUCACAAGCUGAAAAUCAGGAUGAUGAAAUUCGGGGUAUAAAAGAAUCCGUGGCAGACAAAGCUGAUGAGGCAGACAAAGCUGAUGAGGCUGUUGAGGACGCUAUUAAAAGAAUUCGAGCAAGAGCAGCCGAGACUUCACCCGAAGUAAAUGAUAGACGCCUGUCAAGACUAGGGCGUAAAUUGUCGCCUGAUAAGCCAAACGUAAUCCAGAACGCUUUUGAUCGCAUUCGACCAGCGCGACCUCUAGCUGAAAUUGCAACGAUCACAAUCGGGGAUAGAACAGUCACAUCAGUUGUAGGACGCGGUCCAACCCGGAAGAGGGAUUCUUUAUCUGCAGGCAAUACUGACGGUAAACGGGAAUCAAAGCGUCGAAUUCACACGCCAUCAAAACCCAAUAUAUUUAGUCAGAACAUGAGAUCGUUUGCUGCACCUGGUACCUUGGUCAAUGCUUCUGCGGAGGAAUUUGGAUCAUCUGAGGAAUCAGAGGAGGAUAAAGAUAUCGAUGAUGCUAAGAAUGGUGAUGCUAAAAUUUCGGCAGCAUCUCAACCAACAACUGAUGCUGGUGAUGUGCCAACACAUGAAGACGAUGGUGACAGUGCAAAAUCUGUACAGGUUGAGCCACUCGAGUCCCAACACCAAGAGGAAGUUUCCAAUCCGGAAGACGAAGACUAUGUUGACGAAACACAAGAGAGAUCUAAAGAAGAAGCAAAGGUCCAGGAGCUCAUUCGAAAAGCAGAGGAAAAGAUUGAAUCGCAUAGUGAUAACCAUUUGAAGCGUGGAAAGUACAUUGAGAAAGAACAACACAACCAGAGGGACUCGACGAUCCAGCUAGUUGCAACGAUUAACAGCUCAAUUCCCAUAAUCCAAGAACAGAUGGAUCAGUUGCAAAAAAAACUAAAGUCACAUGACGGUCGAUCUUCUGCGAUCGAUGAAGAUGAGAAAAUAUCUGAUGAGACGGGCGAAGAACGUUUGUCAUUGACUGUGUCCAAAGACGAUUUUUCAAAGAUGCGUGUUGUUGGGCAGUUCAAUCUAGGCUUUGUGUUGGCUACAAGAUCCCAUGAAGCAGACGAAGUUUCAAAUCUCAACAAAGAUGAGCUUUUCAUCAUUGAUCAGCAUGCUUCCGACGAAAAGUAUAAUUUUGAGAAGCUUCAAGAAGAGACAGUAGUGCAGAGUCAGCGUCUCGUCCACCCUAAAACCCUUGAUCUGACAGCGGUUGAAGAGGAAGUCAUUAAAGAAAAUCAACCAGCCCUCGAGAAAAAUGGAUUUGUCAUUGAAGUCGACGACAGUGGCGAUGAGCCCAUUGGUCGAAGAUGCAAACUUAUUUCUCUUCCAUUGAGCAAAGAAGUUGUCUUCGAAAUUCGCGACCUCGAAGAACUCAUCGUGCUAUUGUCUGAUACUCCGACUAGUACGGCAGCGAAUGUAUCGAAAACCGACAUAUAUAUCCCCCGCCCCAGCAAAGUGCGGAAGAUGUUUGCCAUGCGUGCAUGUCGCUCAAGCAUCAUGAUCGGCAAAACUCUUACCGUCAAACAGAUGGAGAAGGUAGUCCGAAACAUGGGCACCAUCGACAAACCUUGGAAUUGCCCUCAUGGACGACCCACCAUGCGGCAUUUAAUGAGCUUGGGUUCGUGGAACGAGUAUGACGAAUAUAGCUCUAACCAUGUAGAAGUCUUCUCUGCCAAAAGCUCUCGGACUGCUUGGGAGAAGUUUUACCAUUGGCAAGCCCAUCAGGGCGACUCAGAAGAAUAUCGAUGA